AUGUCUGGUUGCGGUAAAACUGGAGGCAAAGGAUGCACCAAGGCCGAGACUCGCUCCUACAGAGCCAGUCACCAGUUCCCCAUCAGCCCUAUCCACCAGCUGCUCCGCAAGGGUCACGAUUCUGAGCAUAUUGGGGCCGGAGCCUCCAUCUACCUGGCUGCCGUCCUCGAGUACCUGACGGCUGAGAUCCUAGAGCUGGCCGGCAAUGCGGCCCAGGACAACAAGAAGACCAGCACCAAUCCUACCACCUGCAGCUCGCUAUCCACAAUGACGAGGAGCUCAAUAAGCUGCUGGGAGGGGUCACCAUUGCCCAGAGUGGCGUCCUGCCCAACAUCCAGGCUCUGCUGCUGCCCAAAAAAACAGGCCAUCCCAGCAAGGUCUACACCUGAAGGGGCAAGAUCAGAAAAAGAUCAAAAAUGA